AUGAAGCAGGAAGGUAGAGGGGAGAUGUGGAGGGUGGGCCUGGGCCUGGGCCUGAUGGUGGUGAUGGCGUCCUGUGGGUGGCUGAAGGGGGCGGAUGGCGCCGAUGAUUUGGCGAACAAGUGCGGACAGGUGAUGCAGAAGGUUCUUCCGUGUCUGGGUUUCGUGUCGGGGAAGGAAGCGAAGCCGAAAGAGGAAUGCUGCGACGCAACGGAGAGCAUAAAGGAGACCAACCCGGAGUGCUUGUGUUACGUCAUUCAACAGACCCACAAGGGUAGCCCAGAGAUCAAAAGCCUCGGCAUUCAAGAGUCCAAGUUGCUCCAACUCCCUUCCGUUUGUCAAGUCAAAAACGCCAGCAUCAGCGACUGUCCCAAGCUUCUGGGUCUAUCUCCAAGUUCCCCUGAUGCUGCAAUCUUCACAAAUUCUUCCAAGGUAACUCCUGUAACACCAAGCGCACAGAGUACGACCCCACAAAGCCAAAACGCUUCGUAUGGAAGUAUGGCUAGACCUAGUAUUAUGAUGAUGAUGAUGAUGACCACAGUUCUGGCUGCAAUUUCACCUGUUUUUGCGAGCAUUUAA